UAUCGAAAAUUUCUUAUUCAGGCACAUUUUAAACAUCAAAGGACAGCCGUUCAAGGAGGUGAAAUUUCUUUCGGAUUUCAAAAUACGAAGGCGAAGUUUAAACAUCAAAGGACAGCCAUUCGAGGAUGUGAACUGUUUGUGAACUUCAAAAUACGAAGGUCAAUAUUCUGAUCAGUAUGGAUGACAUCAGCUCUCAAGAAGACAUCCAUGAAGGAGCGAACAGUGAGGCAAUCGAUGUGAAGAACGAAAAAGCGAGAAAGGGUGGGUCCAAUCUGUAUUGUGAGAAGCAUGUGGAAGUAAUCAAACUACAUUGUAAAACACAUACAGAAGAUGUGUGUCAUUUAUGCGCAACGAUAUUUCAUCGUCCUUGCGAGCUAGAUUAUAUAGGGGGCGAGUUCAUCAAGAAUAAAAAUGAACUAAAAGAUAUGAAAAAAAGGGCAGAGGAGAAAUUAAAUCUCCAUCGAGAUUAUGGAGAUCAGAUUCAUCAGUGUAGGAAAGACACUGACACCCAUCUACAAGCUUUGAAAGAUGAAGUUGAUUCGGUAAUCAAUGAGGCGAUCCAAACAGAUGAAGACAUAGAGAAGGAGGAUGCUGCAAAAAUCAACCAGGAGAUUGAUGAGAAGAAUAAGCAACUUCAAGAGGAGAUUCAAAAGAACAAUGAGGAGAGAGAUAAUCGUCUUGAACUUAACCGUACAAAUGCAGAGAAAAGACGAGAACCCAUCGACAGUAAACAGCAUGGUCUUCAAACAGACAUUCAAUACAUCGCUGGAGAGAAAGAUAAAAAGAUUGGUGAGUUGGAGAAAACAUGGCAAGAUGACACAAAAACCACAGAGAAUACAAUACAGAAACUUGACGCAGUACUAGAAGAUGAUAAAAAGGUCGCCAAAGAUGGGCUUCAUGUGAAGAUAUCAGUGAGUGAUGACUUAGAGAAGCCACUGAAUGAGGGUGAGGUGAAACAAAUCACUGAUACCAUAUCAAAUGUGAGGUUUGUGAAGGGUGCUGGGAGAGAGAAGUAUGGGAGGAUUGAUUGGUAUGAUGGGGAGUGGAAGCUCAUUGAUAAAUUCAAGGUCGAUGAUACAAUCCAGGACGGUGAUAAAAUCGAACUCCCGUUAAUUGUAGGAUACAAAGAUGAAUACAAUGUGAUUAUCACAGAUAAACAAGGUAGCCAUCAUACAUACAUGUUAAAUAUGAGCAAUAAACAAACUCGGAGAGUAAUAACUGGUAGUAAUCAAUCAUGGAUUAUGUCAUUUGCAUUGAUGAAUGAUGGCAAGGUAGUAUGUGGUAAAUUCACUGAAAGGGCUCAUUCAGAUAAAGUUACGAAAUGCAUCAGUAUGUAUGACACACAAUGGAACCACAUCAAUGACGUCACAAUACCAACAACCAAGACGCUUGAUAUGACACGGGUGGGUGUAGCCGUUGGUAAGGAUGGGAUGAUCAUCGCUGCUGAGUGGAUUCAGAAUAACAUAUACGUCAUCAACCCAGCUAAUGGUAAGAUCAUCGAUACCAUCACAUGUAAAGAUCUAGAUAAGAUGCAUGGUGUACUAUCAUCAGGUGACAUCGUCGUGUUAGCCCCCUCACACGAAUACACAGUGCCAGUGGCCAUCAUCAGUAGACAGGGCGAUCGGAGUGAAAUCCCCAGCAUUAAUGUCACCUGGGAAGCCCGCUGCUGCAGCAUUGAUCCUACAACAGACGAACUCUACUUCGUGACAUCAGAGGAUAAGAGGAAGACGUGUGUAGUUGAUCAGUUGAUGAGGGGGGAUGACACGAAGAAGAGAAGAGUAGUAUCAUUCCCUCUAAUUGGCGGUGCCGAACAGCAAGGUCUGAGGUUGGAUUACCUUGAAGCAUCUCACGUGUUGGUGACGUCACCAGGGAAUAUGAUUGCUUGCGAUGGAGCCAACAUUCUCGUAUACAAAAACACGUUGAGACUUGAAAAGCCCGAUCACAAUUGAUGCGGUAAACCGGUCUUCUUCUGUUUUCUUUUCUUUUCUUUUCACUUUUUUUUUUUCGUGUGCGUGUUUAUCUUUUCUUUUUUGUAAUGACUAAAAUAUAAUGCGUUUCUAAUGUGUGUACUUUAAAGGCUAUCUGCACUAUGGGGGACUAACGGUCACCGAUUCGGCAUUGUAUGAUAUAUAGAGGGCGCAAGUAGCUAUACGUUGUGCGGUAGAGCUUUAAUAACACAGAUCUCAGUUAGUACACGGAGGUACUCUGUUGCGGGCAGUUGCCAUUCAUUUACACAUUAAAAAAAAAACUCUGCCGCGGUCUAUCUCUUUAUGUCUAAACAAGUCAUGAAACAGUUCGUGUUGCUUCACGCCGACUAAGGAGGCUUAUACAUUCUGUGCAUAACAUACCUGUAAGAAGUUCAAUAUGUAACCCUAAAUUUAAAAAAAAAAUAGAUUUAAAGCCCAUAGAACACUACACGAUCUGACUACGAUUGACAAAACCAAUGCUAUAACAAUGACAUAAAUUGCAAGUUAUUAUUAGCAUUUGUUCUUGUAAUCUAUCAUAGAAUGUAAAUAGUCACAUCAUACUUAGUAUUUAAAGACUCAUUGUAUUGAUUUUUCGUGUUGCUAAGAAACAAGUAAGUCAUUAAAAAACAAUAAGUAGGGCCUGUUAUGAUAAAACGAAUGGUAAACAAUGACAUGAAUUGUACUUUUUUUCUUCUUGUUUGUAUAAGCUUACAUUUGUGUAAUACACUGUACAAUAUAAAUUGUAAAUAGCCCAUCAUACGUAGUAUUUUAUGACUGUUUUUUUAAUGAAUUUGUCGUGUUGCUAAGACGCAUAUUAGCCAUUGAUAUGUAGGGCCCGUUUGACAAAACCAAUGCUAAAGCAAUGACGUAAAUUUCACGUUGUUGUUUGUUUGUAUUAGCUUUGUCUUGUAAUAUAUUAUGAAUUGUAAAUAGCCACGUCAAACGUAGUAUUUUUAAAAUUUCAUGGAUUUUUCGUGUAGGUCAGAAAUGUGAUACUUUAUGUAGGACCUAUUUUU